AUGACGGAGCCACCCGGGGAGACCGAACCGGCGGGACCCCCGGAGCCGCCCCCCCACGGCCCCGGGGACGGGCACGGUACCAAGAUGCAGCGGCUGAAGCGGUCACUGUCCCUCCGGACGCUGCUGCGGAGCAAGAGCGUGGAGAACCUGUUCCCGCGGCCGGGCGGGGGGGGACACCCCCCGGGACCCCCCCCGUCCCCCCCUCGGACACACGGCUUCCAGCAGUACGUCUUCAAAAAGCAUUGCCCCUGCGAGCUGUGCCGGCAGCUCAUCGCAGGUAACUCACGGCAGGGCCUGCGGUGCAAGGCGUGCAAGGCCGGCGUGCACCUCUGGUGCUCCCAGGGCAUCUCGCAUCAGCACUGCCCCGGCAAGACGGCUACUUCUUUCCGACGCAAUUUCAGCUCUCCCCUCCUGCUGCCGGCACAGGGGGGCUCCGUGCAGGAUGAGACCCCCCCAGCCUCAGACCACGACGCGGGGUUGGACCCGGUGUACGAGGCGCUGCGGUUCGGUACCUCCCUGGCACACAGCACCGGCCCCCCGGAGCUGCCCCCCGGCACCCAGGGUGACAAAGUGGGGGCCGGGGAGGAGAGUGGGGACACUCUGGGCAGCGUGGGGACCCCAAGUGACAGCGAUGUGACACCAAUGGAAAGGGACAGCACGGAGGAGAAGAGCCCUGGGCAGCAGGCUGCCCAGGGGCUCCCGGUGAGGCGGGAUGGGGCUCCCAUGUUCUCCUACGUGGCUCUCUACAAGUUCGUGCCCCAGGAGCAGCAGGACCUGGCGCUGCAGCCCGGGGACAGGGUGACACUGGUGGACGACUCCAACGAGGACUGGUGGAAGGGGAAGGUGGGCGACCGUCUGGGCUUCUUCCCGGCCAACUUCGUCCAGCGGGUCCGUCCCGGGGAGAGCGUCUGGAGGAGCUGCCGGGCCGUGCGGGGCGACCGGGACCAGGGACGCAUCAGCCUCCGGGAGAACCAGAUCUGUGUCGGCGUGGGUCGGGCCGAGGGGCUCCUGCGAGUGACGAGUGGGAGGAAGAGGGGUUUGGUCCCUGCCGAAGCUCUGACCCAGAUCUGAGGGGCAGCGUCCAACCUCGCUGUCCCUGUCCCCACCCAGUGCCACCACCGCGCCUCAGGAAGCUCAGUCCGGGCAGUGCUUGACACCCCCCACACAACCCCCCCCUCCCCGAGCCAUUCCCGGGG